AGAAAGCCCAACUUGACAAUUGUCACCGAAUUCAUCAACUUCACGAUCUCAACCACAGCCAUCGUACAUCUUUCAGCCUCAUCACCGUCAUCGAGCAACUUGAUUCGAAUCCUUCAUAACCAGCUGCGACUCUCCAUCAACCGACCGUCGUUUCUUGUCUCCUCAUCUCGCUUCCGGCCUUCCGUCGCCGCUUCCAUCAAUCCUCUCCACAUACAUCAACAUGUCGGCUCCGGCCCAGAACGUCGACAUCGACGCCCUACUCGACCUCACCGAGUACGAAGCCGUCUCUAACUACCAGUCGCCUGCCAACUCGGUGUCGCCCUCCGCUACCUCCAAGGCCACUUUCGCCAGCCCCGUACCGGUCGCCAUCAACGCGCCCGCCCUCAGCAACUCCCAGUCCAUGAGCGGUCCUAGCCACAACUAUGACAUGUACCGACAACAGACGGGAUUCGUUCCCGGCGCCAUUGCCAACACCAUGGCCGUGAACCAGACCAACAACACUGGCUACCAGGACUUCGGCAGCCUGGAUUACCUCUCCACCUUCAGCCCGGAGAACGAGGGAUUCGACUUCAACACCUCACCAUCCCAAAACGCCAUGGAGAUGGAUUUCGAGUCUCCCGCCGACUCGCAGCAGUUCUACACUGUCAACCCCAGCAACAUCGAGGAGUCCAGCCUGCCCUCGCCCCCGGUCCUGCCUACGCAGACCAACAACGUUGGCCGUCUUUGGCCUGGUGCCCACUCUCAGGCUGCCCUGGCUAAGGCCCAGGCCCAGCAGCGACAGCAGCAGCAGCUCAUUCAGCAGCAGCAACAGGCUCAGCGCCAGGGCGUUCCGACCAAGGGCCGCGGCAAGGCUCCCCUGCCCGCCGACCCCAUUGUCGAGCAGAAGAUCACUCAGCUCCUGAACUCAAUGCGCGCUAAGCCCUCCAUGCCCGAGUCCGCAGACCAGAGCCCCGUCACCAACCUUCCUCGCUCCAAGAAGGAAGAGGAGGAGAUGGAUGAGGACGAGAGACUCCUUGCCAGUGAGGAGGGCAAGAAGCUUAGCUCCAAAGAGCGUCGCCAGCUCCGAAACAAGGUCUCGGCCCGCGCUUUCCGUUCCCGCAGAAAGGAAUACAUCACUCAGCUCGAGGCUGAGAUUGCCAACAAGGUCAACGAGAACGGUGACCUCCGAACUCAGAACCGCGCCCUCAUGGAUGAGAACAAGCGCCUGUCUGAUCUCACCCGCAUGCUUCUGUCGUCGCCCUCUUUCUCCAACUUCCUCGACCACCUCAGCAGCAACCCUGCCACCAUGAACCAGACUCCUCAGCUGAAGGCCGAGGCCCAACAGCAGCAGCAGGCUCAGCAGCCCAAGGACGUCAACCCCUACGGUUCUCAGCAGUCCCAGCAGCAGAUCGGCAUGGCCAUGAUUCCCGAGCAGAGCAUGGACUUCUCUAUGCUCAGCAUCGAUAACAGUGCCUACAACUUCCAGCCUCAGGUCUUUGUCGUCGACACCCCUGAUGUCCCUGCUCCCAUCGAUGCUGCCAUCCUCUCCGGAAAGUCGUCCAACUUUGUCGAGCCCUCGUUUGACUCGGAUGAGGAGAAGGUCGAGAUGCCCGUCAUUGAGCGACCCGUUGAGAAGACUCAGAUUACCGAGUCGACCGAGGUCGAUUCCGAGUUUGAGUCGGACCCUGAGUUCGCCCUCUUCCACUCUGAGCCUGCCACCUCCUCGGAACCCAAGGAGCUCGACACCGACUGCCUUUCUCACAUAGACCUCUUCGCCGGUAUCGAGUCUGAGAAGGCCCUCGCCCGAUUCGAGCUCGUUGAUGCUAGCGAAGAGGAGGCUACGGCCGCUAUGGCUAUGGCUCGCGUGCAACGCAUCAGCGCCAACGUCGACGCUGUCGUGUCAAGGUUAGAGCUUCUGACUAUGGAUCUGUAACGGAUCAACAUGUCAACUUGGUGUUACGGGUGUAGGAGUGGAGAUUCUCCUCCAGACGAGGACAAAAACUAGCGAACACAUUUCCUUUGUAAACUGUCGUGUGCAUAUCAACUACCUAGGGACUUGGGACGGAUUUGGCGUUAAGGGAAGAUCAAAGAAUGGGCUACCUGUGCAGGUGUUUCUGCAUAAUUUGCUUGGUACGGGCAGAUGAUGAGUGAUGACGCGAGGACGGUUGUGUAUACUUAGAUAGACUGGCCUGUCGCCGCUCGAUAAGAAUCGAAAUUUCUCCAAACAGAA